CAGAGAGCUUAGAGCAGCUGUCAUGGGCAAUUGCUGUGCGGUCGAGAGUAGUGUAAUUUCGUAGUGCGCCGCGGGUCGCAGAUAUUCCGCGUAUCGGGAGGUAGAGGAUUUUCCGCGGAUGUAAUACGCGGUCUUAGUACAAUAUUUACCGAACCCGCGCGAGUCGCGUUCCGUCGUCGCAAAUCUUGACAUCGGAAUUAGGGCGCGUUUACGCAGCGAUUCGAAGCUUUUCCGCCUUCGAUACGGACGGCUACGGCAGCAGCAGCAGAAGAAGAAGCAGCUGGAGGAGCUGGACCUGGAGACCUUGCACUGCGUAGGCUUCGCAGAACUGGUUCCUACCACCUUUGCGGGUCGUCACCUCGUCGUCAUCGCCUCGUCUUCUUCACGACGGUGUGACAAGUGCGGAUUUGUAGCAAAUUCGCCGCCUAGAAUACCACCGCUUUUGCGUGUUUUUAGUCUAUUUUCGAAAAACGAAAGUGUAGAGAGCAAAAAAUCUGGUUCACGGUACUCUGCUGAUUGCGCGCCAGCAGCGUUCGCGAAGACGGCUCAGCUGCUUGGCACACGUUUGUUCGCACAGCGUACGAAACUCUCUCGGGCAUAACUCGUUGUUGGUAUUAUGGUCCCGUUGCCAGCAUCGACAGUCGUGUGAGUGUUUUGCUUUCCUGCUUUAGUUUUAAAGGGAAAAACACUUGACCAGUUUUCGCGACCUCGAUCGACACCACAUACAAUUCCCCUUCUCCAGCCGCUUUGAUAGCUUAAUCAAAGUCUCGCAAAACGGCGGCAAUCUCGUCCGCCACCGCCGCCGCCUCCUCCCCCUCGUCCGCGGGCAUGGAAGACGAGCUGGAAGAUAAGAUUCUGUAUCAGACCUUCUUCAAGUCGCACAUGAAACUGCUGUCCAAGUUCGCAGUCGGCGUAUCGCCGCUAAACAGCUCGGUUGGCUACGUCUGGAAGGUGAUGCGGGUGUACCUGUUGAAGCCGGAGGUGCUGGUGGCCGGUCUGUUGAUCUUUGUGUUUGUGCUCUAUCUUCAAGCGAGCGAGGUAUGGAGCCGCGGGUUCAUCGGCAAGAUCAGCAGCGGGCUGGGGCUGACCCGCGGCGCUACGCGGUCCGGGAAGCUGGCGCUGCUGACCUCGGCGGCGGAGAAGCACAGCUGGGAUGAUAAAAGGAGCACGAGUGCGGUGUACGCGGUGCAGGGAAGGAGACCACGGAUGGAAGAUAGAUUCGUAUUAGACGAAAACAUCAACGGCACCGGGAUUUCCAUGUUUGCCAUCUUUGACGGUCACGGCGGGGAGUUCGCUGCAGACUUCGCCAAGGCAGUACUAGUCAAGAACCUGAACCUCAAGCUGACCCAGUCGUCCAACAUCGCUACGGGUAAAACGACCCCACCGGCCGCAGUGGAGACCCCUGUCAAAACGGCCAAAGCGUGUGAGGACGAAGACGACGACGUCGACAAGGACCAUGAAGUCAACGAACGGCACAAGGUCAACGCGGCCUCAAGCCUAACCCAGCGAAGACAAAGCUUCCGCAAGUCCAAGACCGAAGACGUGGUGGACAAAGUAGUCAGCUCGGGCGGAAACAGUGGAAGCAACUCCGGCAACACCAACGCAAAUCACAAACUGGAAACGGACCUGCUCAGCAAGUACAUGGGCAAUGCGUCCCCCCAGCGGCAGCUAACGAAGGAGAAUCUAAUCAACGGGACCACCGGGCAGCAGAACGCAAACCCGAAGCCCAAAACGUACGAGGCGAAGUGCUAUGUGCAGAACGGCAGUAUUAACUACGGCAAGAUCAUCACCGACGAGGUGCUGGCCGCGGACUACGAUCUCGUUGAGAUGGCGAAAAAAGUGUCGAACUUCGCCGGAACGACGGCACUGAUCGCGGUUAUGCACCACACCAAGCUGAUCGUGGCGAACGUCGGUGACUCGCGCGGCGUCAUGUGUGACUUCAAAGGCAACGCCAUCCCGCUGUCCUUUGACCACAAGCCGCAGCAGGUGCGCGAGCAGAAGCGUAUUGCCGACGCCGGCGGGUUUAUCUCGUUCAAGGGCGUCUGGCGGGUGGCCGGGAUUCUGGCCACCUCGAGAGCCCUGGGCGAUUACCCGCUGAAGGAGAAGAAUCUUGUGAUAGCCGAGCCGGACAUCCUUUCGUUUGAUCUGGUGGACCAUCGGCCAGCAUUUUUGAUCUUGGCCUCGGACGGCCUCUGGGAUACCUUCACCAACGAGGAAGCGGUGGCAUACAUCCGAGAGCGGCUAGACGAGCCCCAUUUUGGCGCCAAAAGCAUCACGCUACAGUCGUACAACCGAGGUUCGGUCGAUAACAUUACGGUGCUGGUGAUUGUCUUCAAGAAUGGCCGGUACGAGGUUGGAUCGUCCAACGCAAACUAAUCUGAUCUGUAUGACUAGACUAAGAAUGACACUUCUUAGGGCUGCGGCCAUUCUACGCUAGAGUUAGUAGCUUUGAGGAGACACUUUAGGUUAGGCACUGACUUUUCUUGACUUGACAAACGUGUGCUGUGUUUAGAAGAUUUGGUCGAUCUCCCUCCCUCCGUGUUUGUCCUGCUCUUUAAAAUUAAGGCAAAAUCAGAACCAAGCAUGUGCAUAAUUAGAAGCUGUGCCAGAGCCAGCCAUACGUUGAAUGCAGUUUUCUCUUUUUGUUUUACACAAUGGAUAGUUUAUAGUUCCCGUUAGGUUUAGUUUUAAAAUCAAGAAACUUUAAAAUUUAAGUUUUGCGAAACACCUCAAGAUAUCAAACGACGGUGCGACGCAUCCAGUUGAUUUUAACCCUUAACAAUUUUUAAGUUUCCUUACCAAGGAUGUGCAGUUUGCCGAUUCCUAGAGCAUGUAAACUAAACAACUAAGAGACGAAUAAAAAAGAGCUUUUGGAAUGCUAUCACUGUGCCUCUCGUGUGGACUAGAUAUUCAAAAAGGAAAAUGUUUUGUGAAGAGUAAAUGAGCAAUUCUGGUGCCAAAAAAGUGCGGAUAAAGCUAAACCAAUCGGAUCAAUCUUGCUGGCCAGAAACAUAAAUAACCUUCGAUUUGCUCAACAAAUUUUGAAUGAGAAUAUCAAGUGUAAUCAAGUUUUCACAUGAAGUAGAAUUAGAUCACAACAGAUGUAAUUUCAACGGUAAAAUCAGAAACAGUUUCAAUGUACAUUUUGAAUAAUAAUAACUAAUGCAGCUAGUUUUGCACGUCAAUAUAACAAUUCGCGAUCGAGCACUGUUUUUUUUAUCAAGCAAAGAAUAAACUUCACAUAGUUGGAAGCUAGACUUUUUUGUAAAUCAAUCUCUACGAAAAUUGUGAAUAAAAAUAUUCUGUAUACAAUAA